AUGAGUUUCCAAACUAGCUUCGCCAAUGCGUCCUUGACCCCCAACUCCGUCAGCGCAAGCUCCGCCUCCACCUCCAUGCGGUCGCGCCCUCGCCGAUUGGUGUCCUUUCUGGAAGACGACGAGGAUGACUCCCGGCAGAGCAACAAUAAUUCCUCCGCAGAACCGCCGCCAUUGACUACAGGUUCAUCUGCAAAUCUCCUGGAUGGAACCGUUCGCUCUCGCGGUGCCACCCCCUCGCCGCUUUCAUCCCGAGGGACGUCGCCGAUGCCUCUGAAACAUCCUUCGCGAGUCACACAGUCAGAACGUCGGAGCCGCAAUGAGAACAGUUUUUUUGGAUCAAAUGGGACAUCGAAGACAUCUUCAUCGCGGGGCGCUACCGACUUCCUGGAUUCGUCCUGGUCUUCCAUCCAGAGCCUUGCGUCAUCGGUGUUGGGGAGCGAUAACGGGCGAAACGCUCUCAACAAUGGGACGAAAUCGCACGCGCGAAGGAAACCAUCACGAUCGGACGUAUAUAUCAAGAGUACGCCACGUUCAACACCAACGUGGGGUCCAUCCGGGCCCGCCUCCCCGGAAAUUGGAACUGGAACCAAGGAGGAACGACAGGCGCUUGUGCAAGCCAAGAAGAGAGAGGCGCUUUUACUUGCAGAUUCAGAUUUGAUAUCCGGACGCAACAUACGACACAAAAGACGCGACUCAGAGGAUUAUUUUGAUCAGGCGCCUGAUCCUGAACAGGACGAGGACGCCCUUGCUUAUGUUCAUCAAGUUCAACCAUCGGACAGCAUCACCGGAGUUACUAUCAAAUACGGGUGUCAAGUUGCUGUGUUUCGAAAAGCCAACGGGUUCUGGCCAAGUGACAGCAUUCAGAGCAGGAAGACGGUUCUUUUGCCGGUUGACGCGUGCAGCGUGAAAGGACGACCAAUACGGACCACCGAGCCAUUGGACCUGUUGGGUCCUGAUACUGAGGACGCAUCUGGCAGCUCUAUCACUCCAGAUGUGGAAGCCCCGUCAACAGAGCAAUCGAGCUUGGAUUCAACGGAAGCCGAGGCCAAUCGGGUCUGGAAACACGAAUCAUGGGUGCAAGUCGACGGAUUUCCGGCGCCAGUUCAGAUUGGACGCGUCCCACGAAGAGCUUUGGGGUUCUUCCCACGAUCACGCAGGAAAUCAGUGUCCCAUUCCGAGUCUGGACCUCCUUCUGUCUUUUCCCCAGAUGCAACGAGAUCUCCAUCGCCAGACGGAUCUCCAGAUCUUGACUCAUUCCAGGAUACCCUUCCUCGCACCCGGCCUCGUAACAGUCAAGCGAACCCGAAAGACUCUAGAAACCCUCGCCCUCUCCAUCGUCGCCAGCGCAGCAGUAUCAAUCUUUCUGGAACUGGUGUUGGUACUCUUGAUCGCGAGGCUACGGGACCUGGGCCGGCUCUUGACGGUCUCACAAAGUUUUUCGCACAGCAUAUGCCACACCUCGCCCCGCCACCUCAACCAGACCCUCUACGAAAGGCUUCAUUCGAGUCAGGGUCUCCGGCAGCCUCUAAUGCCUCUACCAGCCUUGAAAACAUCGGUGGUGCCCUGGAGGGCUGGGUCCGCAAAGUUGCGACUCGCGCGAAGGUCGGCAUCAGCGAGCUACAACAAGGUUCUGCGAAUCAACAAGCCACUAGCCGGGGUCGCAGCGUCGGCCUCUGGGGGGAUUGGUGA